UUUGGGGCAACUUCUACCAGAGACCUCAGUGAACUCGCGUAUUAGCGCAAUUGCACAGACUUUUGUGUGUAUCACCAUGCGAAAAACGAUUAGAGAUGUGAUGUCGCGUAAACAUCCUAUAUUGUAUUUUACGGUGAUGGCAACGAUUAGCUCUGUGUUAACCCCUUGCUAUGGCCAGAUUCCAGACGCAAGCAUUUCAAUACCAAAUGCCAAAAUUCAUCCGACGAUUGUCCGAUCCGGGAGGCUUGUAGUUGGCAAUAAAUUGGUCCAACUGAGAAGGGUAGGUUUCGAAGUAACCAAUGAUGAAUCCGCCGCUUCUGACCCCAUCAAGACUCAAAACGGAUCUCUUGCAUUUGAGGCUGGUAAUCGGGCUGGACAGCCUGCAACACAAGAAUGGCACAAGUUGGAUGCUAAACUCCAGCACAUGGGGCCAUCAGUACAGUGUAGCAAUGAAACAAUGACUCUUCGGGUCAAAGGGGGAAGAGCUCCACAUUUUCUGGUCGACGGCGGUGAUGGGUCUCCUGUUCUUCCCCUGUCCCGAAUGCCAACUCACUGUGGCUUCUCUGUGAAGCGGUCACGCAGGGAUGUGUUUUUUGUCGCACCAUACCAAGGCUGCCAUGUCACUCAAGAGGGGGGUAACUAUGUUCUGCCACUCCGUCUGUGGGGGGCACCCAUGACCAUGUCUUGUCCUGUUGCACCACCCCCUCCUCCCUCUGUCUCCUGCUAUUUAUCUGGCAUGGUGGUGAAGCUUUCCAUGGCAGCAAAUGCUCUUCAAGUCAAAGUGUCUGGUAUAUGGGAGCCACUUCUCGCAAUCACCCAGCAAUGUGGCUUAACUAUUGAGACAUUCUUUGGAGGAGUGGUGAUCACUGCACCAUACACAGGACCCUGUGUGGAGUUGGAGGAUGAUGAGCGUUUGCUUUUCAUGCUCUCGGGUGCUGGGGAGCUCACCCUCUCCUGCCCUGCAGGCCUCCCUCCAACUGAACCUGUUACGUCUGGAUACCCUCUGUUCUACCAGUUGUCCCAGUACCAUUUCCCUCCGUAUCCCCCCCAACCACCCUCGUCCCCAACAGCAGCCACUACCAUGUCUAAACAAACACAUUCCCCUAAACCUUCUAGCCAAGCCAUGCAUAUGCCACGUAAAGGAGACCCCCAGGUCCCACAAACACCUCAAUUCCACCCGUUUUACCCAUACCAUUUUCCUCCAUAUCCCCCUCAACGCUAUUUCCCAACAUCAGCCCCCACUACCUCACCUAAACACACACAAUCCCCUCAACCUGUCACCCAGGUCCCACAAACACCUGAAUUCCACCCGUUUUACCCGUACCAUUCACCGUAUCCCCCUCAACAACGCUAUUUCCCAACAUCAGCCCCACUACCUCACCUAAACACACACAAUCCCCUCAACCUGUCACCCAGGUCCCACAAACACCUGAAUUUCACCCGUUUUACCCGUACCAUUCACCGUAUCCCCUCAACAACGCUAUUUCCCAACAUCAGCCCCCACUACCUCACCUAA